CUCAUAAUGCAUGGAGGCAAGAGAGGACUGGUGGCUCCGCAGAACACUUUUCUGGAAAAUAUUGUCCGGCGUUCCAGUGAAACCAGUUUCCUGCUGGGAAAUGCACAGAUUGUGGAGUGGCCGGUUGUUUACAGCAACGAUGGAUUCUGCAAGCUGUCUGGAUACCACAGAGCUGAAGUCAUGCACAGGAGUAGCACUUGCAAUUUCAUGUAUGGUGACCUGACGGAUAAGAAGAUGAUAGACAAUAUCAGACAGACCUUUGAUAACUAUGAGUCCAAUUUCUAUGAGGUGUUGCUCUAUACAAAGAACAGAACACCAAUAUGGCUCUACAUGCAGGUAGCUCCAAUCAGAAAUGAGAACAACAAGGUGGUGCUUUUCCUCUGCACCUUCAGAGACAUAACGCUUUUCAAGCAGCCGAUUGAAGAUGAAGCAACUAAAGGAUGGACCAAGUUUGCCAGACUGACACGGGCACUGACCAACAACCGCAACGUCGUGCAGCAGUUAGCACCGCUGAGCAAGACUGAGGUCACCCACAAGCCGUCCAGACUGGCUGAGGCUCUCCAACUGGGAUCAGACAUUCUCCCUCAGUACAAACAGGAGGCCCCUAAGACUCCUCCGCACAUCAUCCUCCACUACUGCACAUUCAAGACCACCUGGGACUGGGUCAUCCUCAUCCUAACUUUCUACACAGCCAUCAUGGUGCCCUAUAACGUCUCCUUUAAGACGAAGCAAAACAAUUUGGCUUGGCUGGUGCUGGACAGUGUUGUGGACAUCAUAUUCCUGAUUGACAUUGUGCUCAACUUCCACACCACCUUUGUGGGUCCUGCCGGAGAGGUCGUUUCAGAUGCCAAGCUCAUACGAAUGAAUUACCUGAAAACGUGGUUCAUCAUCGACCUGCUGUCUUGUCUGCCCUAUGACAUCAUCAACGCCUUUGAACAUGUAAACGAGGAUGUCAUGACAUCUGCCUCUCCAGCGAGUCAUCUCCGCGAGUCUUCAGUUCUGCACAGGAACACCACACGAGCAGACGACUCUGUACUCCCAGGUCUCAGCAGCCUGUUCAGCUCCCUAAAGGUGAUCCGCCUGCUCCGGUUGGGCCGGGUGGCCCGGAAGUUGGACCACUACCUGGAGUACGGAGCAGCCGUCCUGGUCCUGCUGGUGUGCGUCUUUGGUUUGGUGGCCCACUGGCUGGCCUGCAUCUGGUACAGCAUCGGGGACUACGAGGUCAUCGACCUAACCACCAACACCAUAAAGACGGACAGCUGGCUCUACCAGUUGGCCCUGGAUAUUGGGACCCCUUACCGAUGGAACACCAGUGGUACAGGACAAUGGGAGGGUGGUCCCAACAAGGACACACUGUACAUUUCCUCUCUGUACUUCACAAUGACGAGUCUCACCACUAUUGGAUUUGGAAACAUCGCUCCGGCUACAGACGGAGAGAAGAUUUUCUCCGUGGCUAUGAUGAUGGUGGGCUCUUUGCUGUAUGCAACCAUCUUUGGAAACGUCACCACCAUCUUCCAGCAGAUGUACACCAACACAAACCGCUACCAUGAGAUGCUCAACAACGUACGUGACUUCCUGAAGCUUUAUCAGGUUCCCAAAGGUCUGAGUGAGAGGGUCAUGGACUUCAUCGUCUCCACCUGGGCCAUGUCGAAGGGCAUAGACACAGAUAAGGUUCUUUCAAUUUGUCCUAAAGACAUGCGGGCGGACAUCUGUGUCCACCUCAACCGGCAGGUGUUCAACGACCACCCGGCGUUUCGCCUGGCGAGCGACGGCUGUCUGCGCUCUCUAGCUGUGGAGUUUCAGACCACACACUGUGCACCUGGAGACCUCAUCUUCCAUAUCGGAGAGAGUGUCGACACCCUUUGCUUUGUAGUCUCUGGUUCACUAGAAGUCAUCCAGGAUGAUGAGGUCAUCGCAAUACUAGGUAAAGGUGAUGUGUUUGGGGACGUGUUCUGGAAGGAGGCCACGAUGGCCCGGGCUUGUGCAAAUGUCCGAGCUUUGACGUAUUGCGAUCUGCACGUCAUCAGGAGAGACGCUCUGAUGAAGGUUCUGGAGUUUUAUACAGCAUUCGCAAAUACCUUCUCGCGCAACCUCAUUCUCACCUGCAAUCUACGGAAACGGGUAAUCUUCAGAAAGAUUGCUGAUGUGAAGAGGGAGCAGGAGCGCCAGAGGAACGAGGUGGCUCUCUCCAUUCCUGACGACCACCCAGUUCGCAAGCUGUUCGCAAGGUUCAGACAGCAGAGAGACACACCGGGAGAGUCUCACAUAUACUUGGAUCAUAACUGUGUGCAGGUGGAGCCGCAGCGCCACCAUCACUCUGACUCAAACUCUUACACUCAGUGUCAGCCUGUAUCUUCUCAGCAGAAGGAGUACAGCUCCACGGUGCAGAAUAAUGCACCCUGCACAGGAGGAGGGACUGCAGGCAGUGGCUGCAACAUGGCUGCGCCUCCAAAAGCACCGUCAGAGAAAAUCUGCACACAAGAGGCUGGACGGGAGUCUAUAGCGAGGCCUGGUGCAGAGAGUCAGAUUUGUCAGGGGGUCAACAGUCCUGCACGGAACAGUGCUGCAGGUGGAGAGGGAGCUGUAGGUGGUGUUACCAGCAACAGAGGUGCUCGAGGCUGGGCAAAGUUUAAAAGCGCUGCUUCAGCUGCACCACCCGCACCACCCGCACCACCGCCUCCUGUUGUCGAGCCAGAAAAGAAACCUCAGAAAGCAGAGGAGUGGCCGAAAGGAUCCCAGUCCUCAGAACACUUGACAGCCGGCAACAAGAACCAGGAUUCGGAGGAAAGUGGAGAGACAGGGAGCACAGAGGGUGGCAACGGUGCUGGAGAAGCAGGUGAAGAAAUAAGCGCCCUGCACAAAACGGACUCUUGUGACAGCGGUAUCACAAAGAGCGAUCUGCGCAUCGACCGAGCCGGAGAUUCAAGAAGCUCUUUUGAAAGAAGCCCGAUGGAAAAGAGUCCGAUGGAGAAAAACCCGUUCGAGCACAGCCUCGGGGUGGAGUCCCUCAAACACUCUUUCGUUCAGCCGGUGUCUGAACAAGCGCUCCUUCAGGCCACCCUGCUUGAGGCCAAGCUGGAGCUGAAGGGAGACAUUCAGAAACUGUGCGGCCGCCUGUCUGUCCUCGAGUCUCAGGUGGGCGAGAUCCUCAGGCUGCUGUCAAUAAAAAGAAGACUCUCACUGCCACCGACGUCUUCCCCGAAGGCCAGAGUGAAAAAUCAAGACUCAUUCGCUGGCUCCAAGCCGGUCACACGGAAAACAGAUGAUGGACCUUUUUGAGCUUACAGAUUUAAAACUUACAACCUUUGUCUCUUAAAAAACUGAUUUAUAUAAGCACUGGUUUGCAUGUCCUGCUGGACUCUGGCCUGCCAAAGAAAUUUCUUAAAUUAAACUCUACUGCAUGCAAAUAUCCCUUUUAAAUGUUACUGUAGCACUACAAAAACCCAGGGAUUUUUCUACGACCCCUGAUUCCAAAAAAGCAUGGAUACUGUGGGAAACAUAAUUAAAAGCAGAGUGCAUCAAAUUCAGCAUUCAGAGUGUACAUUUACUU